AUGAUCCCCACUGCGACCAUCGUCGGUCUCGUCGGCGCACUUGGUUUGAUCCUGGGCCUUUGGCCUGUCUGGGGCCUCUUCACGCCCGGAAUUCUCUUUGUGUUGUUUCUGGGCACGCUCAUGACGGCGCACUUUCUCCCAGCCAUGUAA